AUGACGGUGGCGGGGCCGAUGGCGUUGAGGCGGGCGGCGGCGCCGGCGCGGGGCUGCGGCGUUCUCACCCGCGGCAUCAUCACCCGAGCCGCGCCGCGGCGUCACCGCGGGCCGCUGCCGCGCACGCCCUGGACCACCCGCGGGCCGCCGCCGGACGUGCUGGCCCAGAUGGUGGAGCAGCGGCCGGUGCGGGAGCAAGUGGAGCUGGACACCAUCACGUACGCCGGGCGGCAGCACUAUGUGCCUGGCCUGGCCCGGCCGCGCUUCCCGCCCUGGGAUCGCGGCUGGUAUGACCCCUGGCACUCUCCGGGGCCGCGCUACGAGGACAUGCCGCUCUACAAGGAGCGCGGCUGCUUCGUCUGCCACCAGCGCGUCCGCAUGCUGGAAGGAGUUCGGCAAGCACUGUGGCUCACCAAGACGAAGCUGGUGGCAGGCUUGCCUCCAUCAGUGCUCAGCAUCAUGGACAACCCAGCUCACCAGAUGGAGAACCACGAGGAGAGGGUGAAGCAUGCCAUCUCCCACGCACGGUUCUGGAACACGAGCGAAGUUGCUCCUAGGAGAGAGUAUUAUUGCCCAGUCCUGUUUGAAGACUUGUUACACUUGUGUCGGUUAAUGGCCAUGAAGUAUCCUGCUCUGGCUAAAAGGAUGUUGGCUAGGAAAUACAUGAUAGCAGCUACAUGGGAAAGAGAAUCCAUUCUCCUUCAGGUCCGUGGCCUGAAUGGAAUGCUUCUGAACUCUAUGGCCCCAAUACCACCAGUAGCCUCCAAGGAGGAGAUGCUGGCCACUGAAGAACAUGUUCUGGAGACCUUCUAUCCCAUUGCUCCUACCAUUGAUCUUCAGGAAGUGAAUGUGUACAAAGAGCUCAACGACACAGGUUUCAGAGAUGGUUACCCAUAUUCUCAUCCUCACACUCUGUUCUUCCUGGAGUCGGCCAACGUUCGCACCAACAGGUUCAGAGCGGAACAGCUUCGAGCUAAGAUGCUGAUGUUUGCUUUUGGCAACGCGCUGGCAAAGGCCAAGGUGCUCUAUGGGAAUGAUCCCAAGGUUUUGGAGCAGCCUGUAGUGGUGCAGAGCGUUGGCACAGACGGGCAGCAGUUCCAGUUCAUGGUGUUCCAGUUAAACACAACAGACCUCGUCUCUAACGAUGGCAUCAAAAAUCUAGUCUGGAUUGACUCUGAUCAGAACAUGUAUGAAAAAGCCCAGUGUGUCCCAGAAGUCAAGAAGAGAGUUGUUACGAAGCCCGCUGGAAUCUAUGGCUUUCAGCCAGACACCUUCAAGAAGUUUCUGGCACUGUAUCUGCAUGGAACUGUGUGAAAUUCAGCUCCACUGAAAACGCUUCAACUGUACCUGCUGCUCCUCUUGGCCAGAGCCAUCACACAGUUAAAGGAAGGUGGAUUCAUUGACUUAA